UUUAUUUACGUGCAGUUGGUCGGAGGUUGAGGUAGAGGUCGAGCGUUACCACGAAAAAAGCGAUUGAAGUAACCGAAAAUUCAUCGACAAUUACUGAAAAUAGGAGUUAAGAAAUUUUCCGGAAGUUUCCAUAAGUGGUGACAGUUAUUAUUCUGGUUGGUGAAUAUGAGCAGUGUUCGUGCGUCUCAGUAAAACCCGUGCUAACAUUUAUGCAUGCAUUACACAGUGCUGGUGUGCACCACGAAAAAUUACGGUUUUUUUCGAAUAUCAGGGAUUGCAACAUGGAUUAUCGUCAAAAGAUGAUCGUCUCGACAACUCAUAAAUUCAAGAACGAGGAUGACGAUGACGAGGACCUAGAGGCACUCAGACUGGCUGCCCUGAAGUCAAGGCGUGCCAAGCCCGUUCCACAUGCCAACACUCAAUUACCACCCCAACAUAAUAUCCAAACUGGACGGUCUCAAUUCGCCUUUUACACCCAGCGAUUUGGAAGAAGAGAGUUCUAUCACCCUAACAGGCCACCGAGACAGAACGGGAAUGUAUGUCAUCCUAGUCGAAUCAAUCAGAAUCUGAUAGAAAUAAUUCCAGUCGACGAGAGUGCGUUGUCCGCCACAUCUGAAACCAAACCGAUAUCUGACCCACUUUCUGUCACAGAUGCAACAGAACCUUCGAAAUUCCAUCGUUACACUGACGACGUGAGUGGCUCCGACGAGGAAGACACGAAAGAGCAAAAAAAUCCGGAGGUAAAAUCAGAGGAUCAAAAGUCCCCUCAGGACGACGAAACGGGAAGAGACAAGAAAGACCAGACUAACGACGGUAAUUCUCCAAGAAUCGAUGAUGAGACUGACCCCUUGGACCCCGAAGAAGACCAAAAGGACCCCGAGGACGACGACGACAUUCUUCUGAUGGCAGACCUGGAGGAGGAAGACAGCCUCGAGCGACUGAUGGACGAAAUGGAGCGAGAGAUGAACAUGCAGAAAUUUCCAACUGAAAAAAGAGAGGUUAAACCCUCGAAGAAGGAAACCAAAGAUUCUAAGAGGCCCCGUGACUUCUCAAAAUCAAAGAACCGGUCGAACGAAAAAUUGGAGAACUUGGGCGCAUCGAAAAAUGAACGAAGGUCAGUGUCUCCUUAUCCCAGUGGCAAGUAUCCCACGAGGCACCGGUCGUUAUCCCCAAAGCAGAGACCGAGAAAAAAAUCGCCGAGAAGAUCGCCCCCACGUCAAGUAAAAAAAUCCCAGCGGGAGCCUUUGAUACUCAGAUCACCUAGAAAAUCCCCGCCGAGAUAUUCUCCUCGCUCGAGAUCACGAUCACCUCGGUUGUCCCCUCGAAGAUCUCCGAACAGGUCCCCAAUGUCUCGAAGACUCUCCCCCCGAGGGAGAUCCCCACUGUCUAGGUCCCCAAGACCCCGCAGUUCUCGAUCUCCAAAGAUUCUAUCACGUCCCCACUCUCCCAGAUUCAUAAAUCGAGUCAGAUCGCCUCUGAGAAUGUCCCCGGGUCGUUCACCCCUUGUCAGAUCACCGAAACAAUCCCCUCAUCGAUUGUCACCGAUCAGAAGGGUAUCACCGAGACGCUCGAGGUCGAGAUCGCCGAGGAGAUCCCCCAGAAGAUCCCCGAAAUUGUCUCCUCGGAGAUUGUCCCCAGUGAGGAGGAUAUCCCCUAGGCUUUCUCCCAGGAGAUCCCCAUUGUGUUCUCCGAGAAAUUCUCCCAGGCUAUCCCCCAGACGACGGAGAUCCCCUAAGGACCGAAAGAGACGAUCCCUGACUCCAGAGGACUCUUCGUUGCACAGAAAAGAGAACUCGCCAUUGAGAAAAAAUAUCCAGAAUUCUCCAGAGCUCUCGAAGAAGGUGAAGCCUGCGAAAGAAACACUCGAGGUGUCAAGUGAUCCAGUGCUGGAGGCCAGGAGGAGAAAAUUCGAGUCGACUAGGCCAAUUGAUCCCAUCACAGCCAAUAAAAAAAUUAAAUUGUCUAAAAAAGAGGAGAACAAAAUGGAACCCGAUACCCAGGGGAAUUUACCCAAGAGAAAGACCAAGGAGAUGAUCGAGGAGUACGAGGAAGUACCUGGUGAGGAGCUGUCCCUCCUUGAAGACUGCAUUUUUGAUGAGCUAGAGCCGGUUCUCAGUGAUGAAUCCAGUGGUCCUGUUAUGUGUGUGGAAGUGCCAGUUGUAAAGGUGGAGAAGGAAAGGGUCAAGAAGAAGAAGAAGAAAGAUAAGGAGAUCUAUCAAGUGGGGAAGAUGAAGGAUGCUAUGCUUGCUGGGAGGAUUGUCAAGGAGAAGAAGUGCAAGAAGAAGAAGGAGCUAACGCCAGAGGUGAGGGAAGAGCCGGGGGAAGUUGUUCAGGAGGCUGUCGAUGAAGAGGCUGAUCUGAGGACUGAAUUGAGCAGAAGAAGGGCUGAAAGACUCAACCGGACUGUGCCUAUUCAAUCUGCUAGGCUACUGCAGUCGGCCUUCAAAGGAGUUGUUAAUGAAGUUGCCAAAGCCAAAAACAAUGCAAAAGCCAUUCAAAGGCACUUGGGUAAUGCUGAAGAGAAACCGAGUCAAAAGGAAGUUCGACGUGUUACGGUGCUGCACAGAACAGUCUCAGAUAUAUCAGAUUCCGAAGAUUCAAAGAUGCCCGUAAGGUUUAGGCUGGGAACGAAUAAUACCCUCCAGGAGACACGAGAAUCCAAAGCAUCCAGGAAAUCAUCCAAGCGCCAGGGUCGCAAGGUAAAGCAUAAAAAGUUGUCUGUAAACGAUGUCGAUCGACAAAAAUAAUUCUCCCAUGAAAAUUGAUUAAGGGACUGGGUCACAAAUUUUCCUCCAUUCUCCACAGAGAUAAUCCUUGCGAGUUCAAAAUCUCAUAGAAUUUUUUUGCACUUUUUCCAAUUCAAAAAUUCUCACUUAUCGAGGAGAAACAAAAUCCAGCAAAAAAAAAAAACAUUUUGGAACAAGUGCUCAAGAUUAACACGAACCCAAACAUUUCAUUAGAUCGAGCUUAACAAAUGUACUUAAAGUAAUAGGCGAUUGAAGACCACAAGCAUAAGCAUUUCAUUUAAAAAUUGUGGCGAAUAUUUGCGACUGACGUGAUAACAAGACACAUCCCUCAUUAAUUAACUCACAAUAAGUCCAAUCAGAUUCAGUGAAUGCUUUUAAUCGUCAAUCGAUAGGAGCGAUAAACAAAACAAUAAUUAUUUAGGAAUAAAAAAACGUGCCUUUGAGUGCCAAUGACUGGCAUCUAUCAAUAAUCUCGAUUUAACGACACAAUGUAUGAAUUUAAAAAAUUGGUAAAUUGACGACUCAGUAACUAUCUGCACUAUCUGCAUUAAAGAAUAGCAUCACAAUCUACCAGAAAAUUUGCGGAAAUUUCAUGAAAACGAAUGAAACUCAUGUGUGAACCAAAAUACCUGCAGAGACAAUUAAUUAUUAGCCAGAUCUAGGAAAAUUUAUUGAGAAUUAAGCUGAAAUCCAUCAAUUUCUGUUUUGUUAUCUAGGGCAAUAGCUAAAUACGUAUUGAACCGGUUACAUGUUUGUGUGAAGAUAAAUGCUGAGCAGAAAAAAACUAAGUUAAAACACGAGAGAGAGAAGCAAUGGCAGCUGUUAAUGCCUUUACGUCAUUUAAACUUAAAUUAAAUUUAAAAGCUACGAUAAUUGAUCGAGCGGUCAAUGAGUGUUAAUUAAAUAUAGUGAUAGAAAAAAAAAACGAUAAACAAAAUGUAAUUAAAUUUGGGGAUAAAUAAUUGGUCUCAAUUCCUUAUUAAUUUCAUUAAUAUCAACACUGUACCUACUUAUUUAUUGUUAUUUCCGUCUAAGAAUUUUCAAAUAUGAAAAAUACUAUUACCCAGUAGUUCACUUACGUAUUAUAGUAUUAAGUAAACUGUAAAUAAUUGCCUCAUUUGUCCGAGACGAGGAGAGUAAUAAAUGAAGAAGAUUUACUGAUGAUAAUCGAUUUUGAAGAAAAAUUUAAAAAUAAACAACCUUUUGUAAAAACCGGUGAGAGUGAUGAGUCAGGAUGUAUGAUAUUCAUGUACAUAAGUGUAUAUACUGAGUGUGAAAUAUUUUGUACCUGGUGAGACAAAAUAGUUGUUGCUGAGUAGUACAGCAAUCAUUAGUGGUGAGACAAAGGCGCAAUAUGUAUUAACAUGUUGUUUCAACGAUAGUUAGAACAAUUGUACCAUUAUUGUACGUUAAUAUUCCUUGGGAUUUCGUGAUAGGCACGAAAUUUACUUCUAUAUUAGUCUUAUUUUAAUCUUUAUCUUCUAUUUAAUUUUAAUUGGGAGCUCAUGCAUAUGUUUUGAGGAUUUUACUCGAAAAUUUUCUGAAUUUCGCAGCAUUGCUAACUCCAUUUUGUCUCCCUCAAUGCUCUGUCAUUCAGACUGUCUCGAAUUUUAACUUGAUGAUGUAAUUGAUAAAAUAAGAAGUUCAUUUUCUGGAAAUUGACACUGUUAAUCGUGUUACUUUCUCGAAAACAAAUACAAACUGAUAUGACAAACUUCUGUUAUUCUGUGAUAAUUCAAUAGUUGACCGAAAUCUAUUUUAUGUCACCAGUGAUUUAAUUUUGGUUAAUUCAUUGUCUAAAUUUCUCUCAGUCCGGGGGAUCGUUUUUAUUGAAAAUGUUUAUUCUAGUCCAACGAUGAUUAAUAUAUAUUGUCAUUGUAAAUUCUUAUCGACUUUUAGGAUCUCUGUGAAAACUUUUUUACAUGUUAAUUCUAUUUGUAUCUUGUAUUAUUUUUUUACACGCAUCAGUUGGAUAACUACAUUCACUAUUUACGCUACUAACAUCUUCAGAAACAUCGGCAAAUUAUUGAUAUUUGCACAAGUGAAUACCAAAAAAAGUGAAAUUUAAUCGAACUCUCGUUUUUCAGAAAAUAAAGGAUAUUUUUUCAGAAAAAAA